AUGCAGCCCAUUCCCGUGAUAUUAAGUCUAUUGAUCGCGCCGAUUAUUGCGACAACUGAACUGCCCGAUAAGCAGCUUGUCAAGGCCAGGGUAUUUUCGGGUAUAGAAACCAGCAUUCAGGAGCUGGGUGGCUAUGCAGUGCAAAUCUAUAAGGGCAGUAAAAUGACGUGCACUGGCAGCCUCUUAACCAAAUUUCAUAUUCUAACUGCGGCUCACUGCUUCGACAACGAGGAUUAUACGAAAUUUCACGUGAUCGCCGGUCGAACAAACUCGGAGACCUUUUUCUAUCCAGACGAGAUCAUAAACUUCGUAAUCAAGCUAAAAAUGCAUCCGAGCUACAAUAAGUUAAGGUACAUUGCCGACAUUGCCAUGAUAAAGGUUAAACUCGCCAUCAGAACUCCAGAAGUUAGCUAUUUGCCACUCUGCACACGGAAGAUGUCAGCCGGACUUAUGGCCACCGUGUCUGGCUGGGGCGCUAGCGAGUUUACCAGGUCCAAAAACACGCUACGAACAAUAAGGGUGCCUCUCAUUGCCAAAGCGGAAUGCAACCAAAAGUUGGGCCGCAAAAUGCCACGCAACGUGUUCUGCGCCUCCGGCUACAACGGUCGCACGAUCUGCAGUGGCGACUCUGGCGGGCCGCUGGUCAUCCGGGGUGAACUGUGCGGCGUCAGCGUAUGGACAUAUGAAUGUGGUAACAAAUUGAUGCCCGAUGUCUAUAUGAGCGUGAACUUUUAUCGCGACUUUAUCAAUAAAACAAUUACGGAAAUGGGCGACUAG